GAGAAACGGGGUGUUGCCGCCUCUGAGACUCGCGCAUCUAUGAGUAACAGCAGCAGCAGGGAGAGGAACACAACACUCCAUCCUUCUCUCUGGGAAAAAAACAACCACUGCCGUUUCUUAAAUAAUUGACGCCGUACAAAACCUCCUGCAUUUUUAAACACAAUCAAAGUCGAGUCCUUGUGGAGAUAUACUGCACAGUGUCACCGGGAGAGAAGAAAGCGGGCGGAGAGUUUCAGCACCUCGGACAGCGAACAUGGCUCCAAUGGUGGAGGAAGGGGCUCAGCUCGUGGCAGUGCCAGUAGGUGUUGCUGUGGUGAGUGUCUUCGGCCUUGUCUUCACUGUGUCAGCCUUUGCAUGGAUCUGUUGCCAGCGUAAAAACACCAAAUCCCAGAAGACACCUCCCUAUAAGUUUGUGCACAUGCUCAAAGGGGUCGACAUCUACCCGGAGAGCCUCAGCGGUAAGAAGAAGUUUGCUGCGGCUGCCACCACCUCGAGUAAUGACUCCAGUAAAACUGAUGUUAACGGGAACUGCCACACUGCCACCACAUUGAAUCCGACCACCACCGGUAAACUGGCCUCAAGUCCAAACGGAUCCAAACCGGAACUGCAUCUGGAUCUGGAGAAACGGGAUCUGAAUGGAAACUUCACCACCAAACCAUUUCAUCACCACCACCAGAAGGUGCGCAGCUCCCCGGACCUGGAGCUGCCCUCUCCCCUUGCUGGAUACACACAACCUGGGGUGAUGGACCACCGUGAUAUACCUUCACCAUCCAGCACCCUCUCCAGCCAGGCACCCACCCCGGCUGUAGACAAGCCCCAUGGAGAGGAGAGGGAUGCUGGGCUGGGGACCCUCCACUUCUCCCUGGAAUACCAGCCGGAGAAAAAGGCCUUCAUCGUCCAUAUCAAGGAAGCCCAUGGCCUGACCCCGACUGAUGAGCAGUCCCUGACAUCUGAUCCUUACAUCAAGCUGACCCUGCUGCCGGAGAAGAAGCACCGUGUGAAGACCAGGGUCCUGAGGAAGACACUGGACCCCGCCUUUGACGAGACCUUCAGCUUCUACGGGAUCCCGCUGGCCCGAGUGUCGGAGUUGUCCCUCCACUUCAUGGUGCUGAGCUUCGACAGGUUCUCCCGUGAUGAAGUCAUCGGAGAGACCCUCGUACCCUUGUCUGGGAUCGACUUAUCCGAAGGGCGCAUGCUGAUGAGCCGGGAGAUCAUCAAGAAAAAUGUCAAGGUAAAAUCUCAAACAAUGGUGUCUUAA